GUUUGGCGCGUCUUCGGUGUGUUGGCGGCCUUAUACUGCUUCUUGUUUGGAUUGGACUUGAUGGGCGUGUCCUUCAAGGCCUUGGGAGGCAAAGGCGCUGGGAAAUUGUUCGCGAUCACUGAGAACCCUAUCUCAGGGCUUAUGGUGGGCAUUCUGGCAACAGUGUUGGUGCAGUCCUCGUCAACCAGCACAUCCAUUGUCGUUGGCUUGGUCGCCGCGGGGCAGCUCGCUGUCCACAACGCAAUCCCGAUUGUGAUGGGGGCGAAUAUCGGCACAUCCGUGACGAACACAAUUGUCUCCAUGGCACAUGUUGGUGAGCGCAAGGAGCUGGAACGUGCGUUCUCCGGCGCCACUGUGCACGACAUGUUCAACAUGCUUAGCGUCAUCGUCCUACUUCCUGUUGAGGUCGUGGUGGGCGCCAUCCAGCGUGACGGCGGUCCCAUCUACUGGCUAUCAAUGACCAUGGCAGAUGCCAUCGUUAGCAAGUCGGAGGUGACGUUUCCGUCUCCGAUCAAGGCCAUCGUCAACCCCAUCGUAGACCACUUCCUGGAUCCGGAUAAAGCCGUGAUUAAGGCAAUGUCGCUGGGGCCGCCUCCUGCAGUCGCUAGCGAUGCCUUGGGCUGCGAGGGUGACUGCUCGACGUCCUUUUGCGUCAGCAAGGCUAUGCAUGCAGCAUGGGCCAAAGUUGACGAGGCUGGUCUUCUCUCGUUGCCGGCCUGCCCUCAGGAGCUCUGUGGAGAGGGUUUCGAGUGUCUGCAGAAUGCGGCCAGCUUCUAUGCGGAGUACAUCGAGGAGGGCGAGAUCAUUGCUUCAGGUUUUCUCAAGCCGCUGGGCGAUGUGGCGGGUGGUGCCGUGGCGUUGGUCUGUUCGCUGCUGGCCAUUUGCUUCUCCCUCUUCUGCCUGGUGAAGCUUCUGCACGCCUUGAUGAUUGGCAAGGCGAAAGUCAUGAUCCUUCGGGCGACCUCGAUGAAUGACUACCUUGCCAUGGGCGUCGGGGGAAUCCUCACCUUCGUCGUCCAGAGCUCGUCUGUUGUUACUUCCGCGCUGACGCCUCUUUGCGGGUUGGGCCUCAUGACUGUGGAGAAGAUGCUGCCAGUUACCCUUGGU